AGCAAAUGCUAUAACUGGCAAAAACAUUUUGCGCAAGAAAAUUUGCAAAUUUCUAUUUACCGUAGAUUAGUAAACUGGCAGAAACAAACCAGUGCACUUACCAACAGCAACCAAUCAGCAAUUAGUUGUGAUCACUUUACUGCACAGAUGUAACUGGUUUGUAUGGGUAACAGCACUGGUACAAUUUAGCACCUAUUUUAGUAAGUGGGCCUGCAACAUUGUAGCAUGUGUCCCUCCUUCAUAGUACAUUGUGAGAAUCUGUAAUACAACAAUGAUUUAAUUUGCCUUCAAAACUAUGCGAAUGGUGAUAUAAAUAAUGUAAGUAAAUGUCAGUUGUUGGCUGAGAGUUAGGCAGUGAGCAAAAAUAAACAAAAAUGAAAAGUAUGCAGCUAUAAAAUGGAUAAUAAACUCUCAACUUUCAACCAGUGCUGUGUCCGGAAAUGGGACUCCUGUCAGGGACUCAAUCAAAUGGGGGACACCUGCAUUUAACUUCUACAUAAUAUUAACUACUAUCAUUGCCCUAGUGAAUCAGACGGGUGGGGUGCUGGGAGCUGUAGGGGAUGUGCAAGUUCUUAUUUACUCUUCAAGGGGUUGGGUCCUUAAAUGCCAUUUUACCACCUGUAAAAAUAAAACUAUAAUCUGUUUCAAACAGCGUAAUCACUGGAAUUUACCAGUCAUGGACUUCAUUGCUAAACUUUCCACCAAUAGGAACAGGGACCACAUUAUAAAGUCUCUAUAAAAUGUAAGCACACACUAACUGCACUCAGCAACAUCGGUAAAUCGUUGUGGGUGAAAGGUUUAGAAUGGGACCAAGGAAAUGUUUCCCUUUAUUAUUUGCAUUUCUGCUAAUUUUCUCGACAAAAUCUUCUGGUGUUCAACUUAAUAAAGGUGGUUAUGAAGAUAUUUUGAUUGCAAUAAACCGAGACCUGUCGGAAGAUAACAAAAUCAUUAAUAAUAUCCAGGAUAUGGUGAAGGAGGCUACACAUUAUUUGUUUAAUGCUACAAAGAAAAGGCUGUUUAUAAGAAGCGUUAAAAUUCUGAUUCCCAGUACAUGGACCUCAAAAGAUAUUUAUGAACUGCGUCAGAGAGAAACAUAUGAAAAGGCAGAUGUUGUAAUUGCUAGCCCUUACCUAAAAAAUGGUGAUGACCCAUACACUUUACAAUAUGGUGACUGUGGAGAACAGGGUAAACACAUUCAUCUGACACCUGGAUUUCUUCUGAAAGCAAGCCUGAUCUCUGUGUAUGGACCUAGAGGUAGAGUAUUUGUCCAUGAAUGGGCUCACCUACGAUGGGGGGUAUUUGACGAAUACAACAGUGAUAGACCAUAUUAUAUUUCUGGAAAUCUCACAAUAGAAGCAACAAGGUGUUCAGUUCACAUUAAUGGAAAUAAUGUGAUGGCUAAACGCACAGGCGAGUCAUGUGUAGCAAGACCUUGCAAAUUUGACCCUAAAACAAAUGUUUUUGAAAAAGGAUGUGCCUUUUUCCCCAAAAAGAACCAGCUCACACAGGAAUCAAUUAUGCACAUGCAGGCACUGCCUUCUGUAUCUCAGUUCUGUGAUGAAAGCAACCAUAAUAUUGAAGCUCCAACUCUACAAAAUAAAAUAUGUAACUCUAGAAGUACAUGGGACAUCAUUAGGAAAUCACCAGACAUUAUUUCCACAAAUCCCAUGGAAAGCAACUAUUACCCGGAACCUUCUUUCUCAUUCCUGCAGUACAAGGAACGGGUGGUCACGUUACUACUUGAUGUUUCAGGAACUAUGGCUAAUAAUAAUCGCACUGUGCGAGUGUUCCAGGCGGCUGAUGUCUUUCUUAGUCAGAUCAUUGAAAGAGGGUCUAAUAUUGGGAUUGUUGAGUUCUCCAAUUAUGCAUACAUAAUUUCACAUCUAAAACCAGUAAUCAGCGAUAAGGACCGUGAACAGUUAAAAUCACAUAUUCCGCGUUCUACAACAAAUAGGGAAUCAAACAGUUGUGAAGGAAUCACAAGGGCUCUUGAGGUUAACCAGAAACUGUAUGGCUCAACUUAUGGGACUGAGAUAAUAUUAAUCACAGAUGAAGAAGUCAGUCUCAUGAAUAAUGAGUGCAUUGAUACAAUAAAUGCCAGUGGAUCAGUCCUCCAUGUCAUCACUCUGGGAGAAGAAGCAAUGCAGAAACUCGACCUAAUCGCUGAUAUGACAGGUGGAUUGAAAUAUUUUGCAACAGAUAAAAUAGAUGCAAAUGAUCUGAUUGAUGCUUUCGCUAGCAUGUCGGCUCAAAGUGGGAAUAGUUUUCAGAAACCCAUUCAGCUAGAAAGCACAAACUCGUAUGUGGAGCCAAAUGAGUGUUUGAAUGGAACCGUUUUUGUUGAUGAAACAGUGGGGAAUGGAACAUUUUUUGUAGUCACUUGGCAGACUUCAGAACCAGCCAUCAAUCUGAAAGACCCCCAGGGAAAAAUAUUUACUGGCGAACAAUUCACCAGUAACUCCAAUUCAACGUUGUCUAGGCUUCAGAUCCCAGGCACAGCUGAAAGUGGACCUUGGUCUUACAGUAUUUGCAAUCAUAUACAUUCAUCUCAAGCAAUAGGUGUCAUUGUGACCUCCAAGGCUGCCAAUGAAACUAUCCCUCCUCUUACUGUAACUGUGUUUGUGAAAAAUGAAACAAGCAAAUAUCCAAAUGCAGUUGUAGUCUAUGCAUCAUUAAAUCAUGGUUUACUGCCUGUGAAUGGAGCCAAAGUAACAGCAUUCAUAGACCAUGAAAGUGGAAAAUCCUCAACACUUGAACUCUUUGACAACGGAGCAGGGGCCGAUAUUGUGAAAAAUGAUGGCAUAUACUCAAAGUAUUUCUUUAAUUUCACCCGAAGUGGAAGAUAUAAAAUAAAAGUACGUGCCGAGGGAAAAGCAAUUGAAACCAGACUCCUACCAGUCAGGAAUAAUGUGCUUUAUCUACCAGGCUAUGUGGAAGAUAGUAAGAUAUAUUUGAACCCUGAAAGGCCUAUACAGAAUGAUGAUGCGCAGUUAGUUCUGGGAUCAUUUACCAGGAUAGCUACAAGUGGCUCCUUUACGAUAUCUAAUGCGUACAAAGAUGCUGCACAGGACAACUAUAAACCCUGCAAGAUAACAGACUUGGAGGCAAAGAUAGAAAAAGAUAACUUUGUAUUAACUUGGACAGCAACUGGGGAUGAUCUGGACCAAGGCAAAGCUUCAAGCUAUGAACUCCGAAUGAGCAGCAGUCUCCGUGAAUUAAGAGACAACUUUAAUAGUUGUUCUUUAGUAAAUAUCUCCAUUGUGCCCCAGUCUGCUGGAUCAAGGGAAACCUUUGAAUUUAUACCACCAGAUUUAUCUAUUAGGAAUGGCACUAAUUUUUAUUUUGCCUUGGUUGCCGUUGAUAAAACUUCAAAAGCAUCAGACAUGUCUAAUAUUGCACAAGCUGUAAUUUUAAUUCCUUCAUCCCCUGCUUCUACUGUAUUCACUAGGCAAAAACGCAGCGCAGGGCACUGAUCAUAACCCACUUAUACCCAUAAACCCACACCAAAGUGUCACCUAACAAGUUAAUAAAUUAUAUUCUAAAGUGUAGUAGCUUCUCUAAUGUUCCUUUUUUGUGUGUGUAUGUGUAUAUAUAUAUAUAUAUAUAUAUAUAUAUAUAUAUAUAUAUAUAUAUAUAUAUAUAUAUAUAUAUAUAUAUGCCUUUUAUCACACUUUUCACACUUUGUAAGCUGUCACAGAGUUAGUCUAGCCAUGCCAAAUUGAUGC